AUGCCUUCCCCUUCGGCAUCCCAUGUUGUCAUCUUCCCUUUCAUGUCUCAAGGCCAUACUCUUCCAUUGCUAGACCUAUCAAAAGCUCUUUCACUUCAACAAAUCAAAGUGACCAUCAUCACCACCCCUUCAAAUGCUAAAUCAAUAGCCAAGUGUGUUCCUAAUCACCCUGACAUCCAUCUCAAUGAAAUUCCAUUCCCCACUAUUGAAGGCCUCCCUGAAGGUUGUGAAAACACAUCUCAACUACCUUCAAUGGAGUUCUUGCUUCCUUUUCUCCACGCCACCAAACAACUCCAAAAGCCCUUUGAAGAGGUACUGGAAACCAUGAUAAAAUCCAACACCCCUCCUUUGUGUGUUAUUUCGGAUUUCUUUCUAGGCUUUACACUUGCUUCAUGCCAAGCAUUAGGUGUUCCUAGGCUAGUCUUUCAUGGCAUGAGUGCCUUAUCAAUGGCCAUUAUCAAAUCAUCUUGGGUAAAUGCAUCACAGAUAAACUCACUAUCUAUGCUUGAUCCUGUUGACCUGCCUGGAAUGAAGCUUCCUUUCACUUUAACUAAAGCAGACUUGCCCGAAGAAACACUGAAAUCAUCAAACCAUGAUGACCCCAUGUCUCAAUUCAUAGGUGAGGUGGGUUGGGCUGAAGUAAACAGUUGGGGAAUCAUUAUUAAUAGCUUUGAGGAGCUAGAAAAGGAUCAUAUCCCCUUUUUUGAGUCAUUUUACAUGAAUGGGGCUAAGGCUUGGUGUUUAGGCCCUUUAUUUCUGUAUGACAAGAUCGAGGGUCUUGAAAAAUCCAUUAACCAAAAUCAAAAUCCCUCCAUGUCAACACAAUGGCUUGAUGAGCAAAGCACACCAGAUUCUGUGAUCUAUGUUUCAUUUGGUACACAAGCUGACGUAUCAGAUUCUCAGCUUGAUGAGGUGGCCUUUGGCUUGGAGGAGUCAGGAUUUCCCUUCGUAUGGGUGGUACGUUCAAAGGCAUGGUCUUUACCUAGUGGCAUGGAGGAGAAAAUUAAGGACAGAGGUUUGAUUGUAAGCGAAUGGGUUGAUCAACGCCAAAUACUAUCUCAUCGUGCCAUAGGUGGAUUCUUGAGUCACUGUGGUUGGAACUCGGUGCUAGAAAGUGUAGUUGCUGGUGUGCCAAUUUUGGCUUGGCCCAUGAUAGCUGAACAAUCUUUGAAUGCGAAGCUUAUAGUGGAUGGACUUGGAGCCGGGCUUAGCGUCAAGAGGGUACAAAAUCAAGGCUCUGAAAUCCUUGUUUCAAGGCAAGCUAUUAGUGAAGGUGUGAAGGAGUUGAUGGGAGGACAAAAGGGAAGGAGUGCACGGGAGAGAGCAGAGGCCUUAGGCAGGGUGGCUCGGAGGGCGGUGCAAAAAGAUGGGUCGUCGCAUGAUACCUUGAGCAAGCUCAUUGACCAACUUCGUGCAUAUUAAUUAGUAUAUCUGUAACUUAAGUUUUAUUUUUUAUUUUUAUUUUUACCCUUUUCUUCUAUUUAUGUUCCUUUUUUGUAUGAAAUGUAUGCUUAGUAUUGUCAUAGUUUUCGUAAUUGCAAUUCAAAAAAAUAAAUUAAAUAAAAAUUAUAAAUUGUAAUUUUUUAACCAA